UUUUUCUCUCUCUUUUUUUGACUCUGCAAAGUUCAAACACGUUUUUCUUGGCAAGAAAGGAGCAGCAAAAAAGAAAAAAAAAGAAGAAGAGAAGAAUAGGAUUUUUUUUUUUUCCCUCAAAUGGCAGAGGAGAUUCAGCAAAAGAUUGCUCGUUACGAGACAUUUGUGAAUGAAGGCUUACGAAAGGAUCUCAAGGAUGCAUUGGAUGCAAGAGAUGCUAUUUAUAACCAGAUCUCUGAAUAUCUUAAAUUAGCAAAGGAUAUCGAGGUGAUCAAGGACAAUGGACUCACAGAGAUGAAGACUCAGGUUGAUCUCGGAUCAAACUUCUAUGUACAAGCAAAGAUUCCAGACACAAAGUACAUCUAUGUCAAUGUCGGAUUUGGAUUUCAUGCGCAGCUGACAUUGGACGAGGCGUUGACAUUUAUCACCAAGAAAGAGGCACAUUUGCAGGGAAAAGCUGAAAAGUAUACUGAGAAGGCAGCCCAGAUCCGUGCUCAUAUCAAAAUCGUCCUGGAAGCCAUGGCUGAGAUUAUGAAACUGAAUAACACGCCGUCACCAAGGAAUCUGGAUAUUUAAAGAACUUAUGCUCUACCAGUCAUUUUUU